AUGAGCGACAAACAGUGGUGCUACGUGUCCAACGACUGCGACGACCUGAACGGCGGCGAGUACGCCACCAAUCAGGUCGGCUUCGCGCAGGGCGGGUGGAACAACCUCGCGAGCACGAGCACGCUGUCCUGGAAGCUGUGUGACCCGGCCGCGGACAGCAUCCUGAAGUACAAGUCGGUCGGGGAGCUGGUGGACCUCGGCCAGCUCAGCGACGUCAGCCUGUCGCGGCUCCUGCGCCUCGCCUACCCCGCCGUGAACAUCACCUGGGGCGAGGCCAUGUACUUCAUGGAGGCCAUCGACGAGGCCUGGGCGCCACGCGUCACCCUCGAGGACGUGGUCGACGCGCUCCAGGCUCCGACCAGCGCCUGGGGCAGCAGGGUCGUGGACGUCCACUCGAUGCUCAGCGACAUCGUCAAGUCGGAGCAGGGAACGAUCCUCGACUCGCCCGGGCACGGGGACAACUUCCACGUGAUAAGGGGCCGCGAGGUGUGGGUCGUGCAGAGGAUCGCGCUCGGAGACAUGGCCUACCUCGGCGGUCACUUCGCCCUGGAGUUCGACGUGAACUGCACCAUCGGCUGCGCCCCCGCCCGCGGGGAGGCGCCGUCCCCCGUCGACCUGGAGACGCUGUGA